AUGAAGCCUUAUUUAAUGACCAUUGUCAUUCUUCUGAUCCUGGUUCAUAAGACUUCAGGAAGCAUGAAGAACUUACUUGGGAAACAGAAGACAGAUUUUGGAAAUAUAUGUGAGAAAGACCAAGGAUCAUGCAGAAAGAAAUGCAGAACAGAGGAAGUUGAAUUACACUACUGUGUAAAUGGCAAAAAGUGCUGCAUGAAAUCGUAUUCCACCAUUAUUCCUAAUGUAGUAGAAGAAAAGAUUAACUGGCCAUUUUCGGGCACCACAAGUCAACCUAGUUACUGA